AUGAUCUCUCCCUUCAAUAUACUCUUUCUUUCUUUUGCCAUCUUCUUCACUUUAGUGUACAUGGCCGAACAAAACCCAAACGAUAUUCUCGUCAACAUUGGCGGCAAACAGGUGCCCUUGUCCAGAGUAAACAAGCCUCACCACCGGAUUCUUGACCAUAACCAGAAACCGGUGCCUGAUCCCAACACUUUUCCGGAGGUGGAGCCAGAGGCGAGGGAGAGAGAGGCGAAAUUGGCUGAGGAGAGAAAAGCGGCUGCUGAGCAGAGAGAGAAGGCUGAAAAGGGCAAUGAUAAGGAGUGA